AUGCCGCCUGCAGCGUGGAAGCGCGAGUUUGCGCCUGAACCUGCAGCAGCACCUGCUGCAUCAGGAGGAGCAGCAGGGGCUCCUGCUGCUGCUGCUGCUGCUGCUGCUGCUGCUGCUGCAGCAGCAGGUGGGGUUGUUAUUCCGACUAGUAUUAAGAGGAGGCUGAGGGUGCUGCAGUGUCCGCUGCCUGUAGGCGUGCAUACACCGCAGUUUGAAGAGCUUGUGCUGUGGCUAGAAGAGGGUUUUAUUCGCUGUCUCACAAGGCAGCAAAGAAGAGACAGACUCCUCCUCACUGCAGCAAACCAACAUACGUGGUGGCAGACAUUCACACAGUAUUUAGAUGAUGUGGGGCUGAGGAUAACAAAGCCUUUAAAAGACACUCCGGCAACCCGCUUGGAGUUGCUGCGGCUGCUGGUGCAGACAGCACUAAAGCUGCAUUAUGAAGACUCUGUUGCAGAAGGCGCCUUAAAGGGCGCCGACUCCAGUGACUCCCAGCAGCAGCAGCAGCAGCAGCAACAACAACAACAGCAGCAGCAGCAGCAACAACAACAGGAAGCCAACGCUACGGAGACACUGACAGCAAUACAGGAGCCUCUUGCUGCGGCUCUAAAAAGUUUGCAGCUGCCGCCGCUGCCGUCAGACGCUUCUCUUGCGGAGGCACUUGCUGCUCUUCAGGCAGUGGAGGCUCGGACUGCUGCUGCUGCUGCAGCAGCAGCAACGGGAGGGACAGCAGCAUCGGAGGAGCCCUUGUCUUGUGAGAAGAAGCGGCGUUUGCUGCUGCAGCUGCCGCUGCUGCUGGGGCCCCCCGGUGCUGCUGUUAUGAGUUGCGGUAUUCGGGGUGAGGGAGAGCAGCAGUUUGCUGCUGCGCUGCGGCUGCUGCACCUGCAGCAGCUGCAGCAAACACAAGACAGCAUUACUGAAGCAAUUGAGCGCAUGCAGCUCUUAACUGCUGACCCCAAAACAGACCACCGUCUCGCUCGCGUUGGAUUCUAA